CUGAAGCGGUUCUCGUUUGAUCUCUUGUUAAACCCAAUCGAAUUCGAGAUCUCGUCGCCGGCGAUAAUGGUGAAAUCGGCGGUAGCCGACGAGUUCAGGGUCCGAUCAACGGAGGACCGACUCUUCCAAUCCGGCGUCCCCGCAGAGAUCGGCCUCAUAAUUGGGAAGAUGAGCUCCUUUUCUGACCGGGGACUCAUCUACGACCUCAUACCCACCCCACCUACUGACUCCGGCAGUCCGGCGUGCGCUCUAAGAUCUGAGGGUGGAGGAAGAGAAGAGAAGAAGAAAGGGUUUAAAGGGGGGAAGGGCUUGUCGGAGCCCACUCCUCUCGUGAUUGAUGGAGAUUGGGUCGCCGAGCAUGCUCGGCAGGUUUCAAGGAUGCUUCUUGGCGGUAUGUAUGUGAUCGGUGCUUAUGUGUGGGCUUCAGAGGCCUCGUUUAAGGCCAGCUCGCAGUUGAUAUUUUCCCAGACAAUCAAGGGGAUUGCACAAGCAGUUUCUAAAGUUGAGAGCGAGUCAGAUGAAAUGCUGCUCAUUCACAUCUCAUAUAGCCCAAGGAGAUGGGCUUGUCUAAAGUGCACACACGCAUCAGACAAUAUGCGGCCAUGUGAUUUUAAAACGAGCAAGUUGAUAAAUUCUCUUCAGACUUUCAGAUGCAUGUAUAACUUUGAAAUGAGGAUACCUGUGUCCCAGAUUGAAGCCUUAAGGUAUGAUGUAAAAACUGUCCUUCACAAAAGAAUUGCAUUUCUUGCGAAAGAGUUACGAGCUGCAAAAGCUUUAAUAGAUGGCCAUUUGUGGACUGGAAAUCAACUAAGCACUUCAGAAGGUCCACAUACAGUGGACAUGCUUGUACCAUUUAAUGAUGGUGCAUGCAUUGAAGCAAGCAGCUCUGAGGAUAUUGCUGGCCUUAUUCUCUUAAGUGGAAGUAUGUAUGCUUCUGCAUACUUGGGUCCAAAAGAACCUAUUUCACAAGCAAUAUCUGAUUUACAGGGUGAUAUAAUCAACAGUUUAAGAAGUAGGUUGGAUAUAAUAUCUGAUGAGGCUGAUGGAGAUAUUGAUUUGACUACAACUAGUGGCAGGGAAGAAGCUAGCGCUGAAAUAUUAACUAAGAAACCUUUUCAACGGCUUGCCUUGCAUGAACUGAGAAAUCUGUAUUCCCUUUCUUUCCCCAAGAGAGUUCUUGUUCCAUGGUUGGGUAGUGCCUGCAUUUGUGAUUACUUGCAGCCAUCAGAGACAUUAGAGGAUCUGAAAGAGCACUGUAAAGAGAUGUUUUCUAUUGAAAUUUCACAAGAUACCUCUCUAAUAAAAUUAGAGACGGAAGCAAUUUCAAUUACGGCAAAAUCAUUUUGGGAUGCAAUUCGAGGAGAUGCAGCAUCUAUAGUCCAUGAGUCUAGUAGAAAAGGACACUUAAGCAUGAAUGAAGAUACUGGAAUAAAAAGUAGCUUUAUUAGUUUUUCAGUUGCUGCUGUCAUCCUCUUGCUAGCUUUAUUGAUUGGCUUAGCAAUCAAAGUCCUUUAAUUGGAUGAGAUCACAAUAUUUAUUGUUAAUCGAUUGGAUGCCCGGCAGAUUAUGAUGCUCGCCUUUUUUUUUGUCCUUGUUAAUAUAUUUGUUGUUCUAUUUGAUUUACAGGGUUCAUGAGA